AUGACGCAAGAACCAAGUGUUUCACUACAAACAAUCCACGACGAGAGCAUCAACAAGCCGGCUCGUCACAAGAACCCCAUCACUGGCGGCUCGUGGACCAUCGUGACCGUCCAGAGCGCCCGAGAAGACUGCAUCCACGAUAUGGACCGCUCCGACGUCGAGCUCACCACCAAGGAACGCCUUCAAAUCAUCGCCGGCGCGUCGGCCAGGCUGGCAGCGGCGCCGCUGCUGGGGUUGAUGGCUCGGGGCAGACGGCACGGGGAGGGGACAUCCUUCGCCAUUAUCAACACCAACACGAGCGAGAAGAAGUAA